AUGGUGACACCAAGACUCCACAACGAGGGACGACAACGGCGGUUUACCACUACACCCUCCACCGAUGACGGCGACCGCCCACCACUACCACCACAACGGCCACGAGUGCCCACCACUCACGGAUGGCGAUCAGCGCCCAUGAUCAUCACCACACGAAUGACCGGCGACCGCCCACCACCAUCAAUCACCGGAUACGCUCGCGUGAAACACAGAGCACGCUUUGACUCUACUCAUUGCGUUCAUUACUCACACACUUCACUCAUGACUAACGUGUCAUGUCGAUUUCACGACGAUGACGCCCAUGCCGCCAAGACCCGACUACGACGAUGCUCCUCCAUCAUCACCCUCCACAAUAACGGCAACCGACCACCACCACCACAAUCAAACUGGUCACAACGACACCCUCCCGUCACUCACGCUCCAGCACCAACCCAUCCAUCCAACAGUCAUGCCUCCAAUCCAGCAGCACCACCAACCGAACCCAUGCAUCAACCCCCACCAAAUGGCGCUGAGCACAUAACCGCUCCCCUGCAUUCCCAAAGUCACAGACAACCCAGCUGCCACGUCGCCGACAGGACGUGGCAACCAGACGGUUCGUCAUCAUUGAACUCGACUGCAGCGAAACGUACACUUCGCGGUGCAGGAACUGAGCCCAGAUGUUGUCGUCCUCUAUUGAUGACAACGACCAUGCGGCCAUGA